GCAGAAACGGGCCCGGGCAUCGCUUCCUCUUUCUGCUUCUCGGUUUCCUAACAACGUCAGCAUAAAUAGGAAGCGUGAGAAGUGCUCUGCUGCCUGGAGACUCCGGCAGCAGCUUGGUGUGUCCCACCUCAGAGAGCUCCCAGCACCCCUGCUCUUGUUUCCCGAGCACUCAUCAGACCAGCCGGCCUAUAAACACCAUCCCCUUCGGUUCUCCUCGUGACAGCCAUGUGAGUGAGACACGUACUUGUGGACACUUCACCGACCCAGAGUGAGGUUCAAAGAGCGUGGGCCUAGAAGGAGGCUGAGUUCUGGACGGCGGAUUCACGAGAGCAGAUGACCAGGGCAUAGCCUGGCCCCCAGCUGGGGACAGACACAAGAUUCCCGGCCAGGAGGACUCGCACCCUGCUCAGACCUGCACCCACCUGCGCUGCACCCUGCUCAUCCAGAGCUGACCCAAAGAUGGUGCCGCCCUGGUGGCUGCUCCCGGUAACCCUGCUGGCUCUGUGCUGGGGGCCCAGCACGGUGAGGGCCCAAGACAGGGGAGAGGAGAGGUGCAAGCCCCUCCAGGUCCCUCCCGGGCCGGGGACUGUCCCCCUGCAAACCCUGCGCUGCCAUAAUGACUACACCAGCAGCAUCGUGUGCGGGUGGGCGGACACCCAGGAGGCCCAGCGGCUCAUCAACGUGACCCUCCACCGCAGACUGAACGAUACCCCACUGCAGCUAGUGUCCUGUGAGCUCAGUGACAAGCUCUGGUCAGACUGCCCUGCUCCUCCCUGCGUGCCCAGAAGAUGCGUCAUUCCCUACAAGCUGUUCGUCAAUUCCGACAAGGACAACUUCUCUUUCCAACCAGACAGGCGUCUGGGCACCCAGCUCACUGUUAUUCUGACCCAGCAUGUGCGGCCCCCCGCGCCCCAGGACAUCUACAUCCGCACUGCCGGCGACCGCUUCCUGCUGACCUGGAGAAUGGCCCUCGCGGAUUCCCAGGGCCAGUGGCUGUCAAACCUGGAGUUUGAGGUGGUCUACAAGCGGCGUCAGGACUCCUGGGAGGAUGCCUCCGUCCUCUACACCACCUCCCCGCAGGCCGAUCUGGGGCCGGAGCACCUCCUGCCCAGCAGCACCUACGUGGCCCGAGUGCGCACCCGGCUGGGCCCGGGCUCGAAGCUCUCGGGCAGGCCCAGCCCGUGGAGUCCAGAAGUUUCCUGGGACUCCCAGACAGGGGACAAGGCCCAGCCCCAGAACCUCCAGUGCUUUUUUGACGGAGGUGCCACACUCAGCUGUUCCUGGGAAGUGAGGUCCGAGGUGACGAGCUCUGUCUCCUUCACCCUCUUCUACAAGCCCAGCCCCAACACAGAGGAGAAAGAAUGUUCCCCGGUGCUGAAGGAGGCUUGCGGCCACUACAUCCGGCACCGGUGCCAGGUGCCCGUGGCCGACCCCGGGAACCACAGCCAGUACAUCGUCUCCGUUCAGCCGAAGGUGGAAGAGAAGUACAUAAAGAGCUCAGAGAACAUCCAGAUGGCUCCCCCGAAGCUCAACGUGACCAAGGGCGGGGACGGCUACAUUUUGCACUGGGAAGUAGAGAAGAUGGCCUACUCGCACAUCGUGCACACCUUCGAGGUCCAGUACAAGAAAGCUGCUGACUCGUGGCAGGAGAGCAAGACAGAGCCGCUCCCGAACGCCCACAUCAUGUCGCUGCCACCUCUAGAGCCCUCCACCAGGUACCAGGCGAGAGUGCGGGUCAAGCCCGACAAUGGCUACGACGGGAUCUGGAGCGAGUGGAGUGAGGAGUGCUCCUGGGACACGGAGUGGGUGCUGCCCAUGUGGGGCCUGGCCUUCAUCCUGGUCCUCGCCACCCUCGCCUUACUCCCGGCCCUGCGCUUCUGUGGCAUGUAUGGGUACAGGCUGAACCGGAAGUGGGAGGAGAAAAUACCCAACCCCAGUAAGAGCCACCUGUUCCAGAACGGGAGCUUGGGGCUCCGGCUCCCAGACAGCAUGUCUGCGCUCACCCGCAAGAGCCCCUCACACAAGGGGCCAUGGGACAGCCACUUCCCUGGGUUGGAGAGGUGGGUGUCCCCUGUAGACUGCAUGACCAGCGAGGUGUCAUAUCUUACUGUAGAGGACCCUAAAAAUGCCCGUGACUCACCCUCUGAGCCUAAAACGACUCCAGCCACCUCAGACCUGCCUACGGAGCCGCCCCCAAGUCCCGUGCCCUGCCUGUCAUCCCCCUCAAGCAGACUUAAGAGCCAGGUUUCUGGCUUUGACUUCAACGGCCCCUACCUGGGGCCACCACACAGCCUGUCCCUGCCGGAGCUUGUGGGCCAGGAGGCGCUCCCACAGAUAGGUGAGAGCCAGAAGCCGCUGCCCACAGGGUCCCUGGAGUACAUGUGCCUGCCCGAAGGGGAGCAAGUGCAGCUGGUCCCGUUGGCCCGGGUGCUGGGCCAGGGCCAGGCCAGGGGUGUAGAGAGAAGACCCUGUCCUGGGGCUGAGGGGAGCCCCUCCCUGGAGUCAGGGACAGACGCUGUCCCUCCUGCACCUGGGCUCGCGACGGGUGUCCAGGGCACGAAGGACAGCCCCACAGCUCUGUCUACCGGGCCUGGGCGCCCUGAGGACAGCGUCGUGGCCUCUGAUUACAUCAACCCUGCAGACCUGGCAUUCGCCCCACCCGCAGGGGCGCCAACGGCCUCUCGGGUGCCCCCUCUGGGCCUCCCCCCAGACCAGAACCUCAGCCUCUCUCCUGGACUGGCUGGCGGGCCCCCUGAAGCCCCGGCCCCCGGGAAGCCAGCGUUCGACAGCUAUGUGGAGCUCCCCUCAACCAUGGGCCAGCCCCCUCAGCCCCCUCUGGGCAGUCCUGCCCCUCCUGCAGCCAGCAGCCCCGCCCUGAGUCCAAGGGGGCCCCGGGUCGAUGGGACCCCGGUCUCCCCACACCCCGAGGGGCUCCUGGUGCUGCAGCAGGUCGGCGAUUACUGCUUCCUCCCCGGCAUCGGGUCCGGCCCACUCUCACCGCACAGUAAGGCCCCCUCCCCUGGACCCUGUCCUGAGAUCAGGGACCUGGACCCGGCGUUCCAGGCCAAGAAGCCCCCAUGCCAGGCCAUUCCCCAGGUGCCAGCCAUUCAGCUCUUCAAAGCCCUGAAGCAGCAAGACUACCUGUCGCUGCCCCCCUGGGACGUCAGCAGGCCCGGGGAGGUGUGCUGAGAGCCUGCAGACCUCGGGGGGCACGGGGAGGAGAGCGCCUGCCUCCUCGCCCGCCUGCUUUUCUCUUGCCAGCCUCUGGCUUUUCCCACCCUCAUUUCUACAAAGCCAAGGAAAGGAGACCAGGAAAAUGAGCAAAGCGCCUAACUUCUCUGUCGGCCUUCAGCAAGGGCAAGAGCCUCUCUCUCCUGCCCCAUCCCACCGACAUACACACGUUUCUUUCAAGUUCACGUAUUUUUAGGUUCUGAAUUAUUAGAACAUUCUGCACACACUCAUUUCAUUUGCCCUCAUUUUCUUUAUUACCAGGUUUUCCUGCUUUUGCUCAUUUCUUGUUGCUCUUUUCGCUGAUUUAUUAUUAGAGUGAGUGUGAGGUCCAAGCUAAGCAUGUUCCGAGAGGUCACGUCUCGGUGACAUCCUGUUCUGACAUAGACGUGUCUGCCUGUGUAGGAGGACCUGUGUCUGCAACCUAUUUCUGGAGGCACAGACGCAAGAGUCCAGGCCAGGUGCAGGGGUGGCGGACAGGGGGUUGCGCCGGGGCGGGAACCAUCGAGGGUCGCGGGCCUGGCAGAGCAGCACAGGACUGCACCUGCCUUCGCCAGGCACUGCAAGCUCCACCUGUGGCGACCAAGCACCAGCUUGUCACUCCGAGAAGUGGGUGUGGCCGGGGAAGCACUGUUCUGAGCUCACGGAAGCCCCCCGCGGGUCUCCGCAAGGCCACGGGGAGUGUCAGGGCCCUAGGACCUGCACCAGGGACAGGCCACGGGGCCAAGCAGCGUGUGGUGCUCGUUCCUGGCUGACCUUCCUUCACCCAGGCUGGUGGGGCCCGGAAAACUCAGGAGAAGAGGGGAGUCCAGGGCCCUCGCCAACUGUAGGGAAGCUGGAAAGGACUGCUCAGCAAAGGAAAAUGACAGGAAGGGCAUGCGCACAUCCGGGCUUAUGGUCCGACUAUAGUCUCAGCCUCCCUCUUGCAGAAAGACGUGCGAGCCCGACCGCCCAGCCAAGCAUGAGGGCUUUUGGCCUAUGUCUAGGCCUACGAGGGGACUAUGAUUCUUUUAAGUCUUUGCCUUCCUGACAUGCAAAAAUGAUGGCAUUAAAUUGUUUUAAUUUUCAUUAUUUGAUACCUUUCAAGUUUGCACGUACUUUUAUAUUUCCCCGGCCUUGGUAUUUUUUACUGGACUAAGUUCAUGAAGUAAUGAACUUCGUUCUGCCAGGUGUUCAUCUUUUCCUGAUGAAGAUUCUAAAACUCUUACGUAUGGUCUUUCACGCACGGUGCCAAUUGUUUUCCCCUAGUUUGUGGUUUGUCUUUUAACUGUGUACGUGAGGCUUGUGGGUGUCCACAAGCAGAUUCUCCUGUUAAACCCCCCAGGAGACGCCAGCGUGGCUCCAAGGCUGGUACCAACCUCACCAAGGCCUCCCCCAUGUCGAAAGUGCAUUUGUCCUAAUUUAUUUAUUUUUUCUAGUUCUUUCUGUGUUUUGGCCUGUUCAUGUAAAAUGUUAAUGACUUUGGAAUGCACGUCUGUGAGACAGAGAGCUGGCCUUCUGCCCUCCCCCAGCGGGAGGCCCAGCUGUCUUUGCAUUAUUGGUUGAAUCACCUGUUCUUUGUCCAUGUAUCUGAAAUGCCACUUUUAUGAUAUAGAAAUUCCUGGUAUGCACUUGGUCUGUUUCUAAGCUUUUGAUUUUAUUACAUUGUUCUCUGAGAGGUGCCCCGCCAUUUUGAUUUUGCUUUCUAGCUUUAUAGUGUGUUUCAAUAUAUGGCAGAGAAAGUGUUCUUGUUACCUUUUGUUCACAAAUUCCUGUACAUCACAGCCAUGUUUGUGGGCCCAGAAAAUUCUAAACAACUUAAAUAUUCACCAAUAGAGAAAUUAAUAACAACACUUUUUGUACAUUCUAAAGUAAAAACCUGUGUUAAAAAUGAAUGAGGUCGACAGACAUAGAUCAGAAAGAAGUCCAAGAUGUUAAUUCCAAAAUGUUCGAACAUUGUUAACUGGAAAAGAAUGCAAUAAAUUUUUUUUUAAUUAUAAAACCAA